UCACUGCCCGGAACAAGAACAAGGACAGCGAUGCACGACUUUAAGGAACAACCCGUGGCUGCCACCUCUCUGGACGCCCUCAAACCACAGAAGAGUGAUGAUCACGGUUCGAUGACGUCUCCAAGACUUCGGGCCAACAGAGUUCAUGGCGAGUUGUCGCCGCAAUCGCCUACCAUGGCGACGCAGAGCCUGGCCGAUGGCUCCCGCCCCAGCCAAGGUAUGGCGGCGCGCGGGCGUGAGACGGCAGCCGUCGACGAAGCGUUCCCGACCACGGCGUCGGCCUUGUUCGCGCCGCUGCUCAAGGGGGCCCGAAGCCGAGUGUACAUGGCCGCGGCGUGCGCCGUGCUGUACCACGCGUACCUGCUGUUCGCCCUCAUCCGCCACUGGUACGCCGACGGAGGUCCCGACUUUUGCCGCCUCGUGUGGAUCCUGGCCCUCGUCACGUUGAUCGUGCACGUAGUCCUGGUCGGACGUGCUCUGGCGCAACGCAUCGCGCCUAGGAUUUUCACUACCUCAGUGGACGCGCUGCACUUGGACAAAAGGAUGCCCGUCGUACGGGUGUGUAUUCUGGUGGUCGGCCUGUGCCUCCUGGUGUACGACGCGCGUGAUCACCUGACACGGCUGGCGUCCUUGGGUGGCAUCCUGGUGCUGCUCGCAAUUAACUACCUCCUCUCGCGCGACCGAACGAAUGUUCCGUGGAUGGUGCUGGCACGUGCCCUAACCCUUCAGUACGCUGCAGCAGCGCUGAUGCUGCGCUGGCAGGCCGGACGCACUAUGGUCGUGUGCUUGUCGCAGCACAUCGCGCGUUUCUUCGACCACGCCACAGCAGGGAGCAGUUUCCUCUUCGGGUACCUGGCCGAAGGCACCAACAUUUCCCUCAAUAGCGGAGGCCAAGUCACGAUGCUGCCGGAAGGGCGGAACAACUCCACCACGUUGUUGCCCAUACUGGCCUUCAGCGCUAUGCCGGUGAUCUUCUACGUCGGCUUCUGCGUGAACGCGCUCUACUACUGGGGCAUCAUGCAAGCCAUCGUCACUAGUCUCGGAGGCUUCCUCAACAACGUAGUUGGCUCUACCGCCUACGAGUCCAUGUGCGCCGCCGGUAACAUGCUGUUCGGACUGGAGCAGUCUGCGCUGAUGCUGCACCCGUACCUUCAACACGUGACCAAAGCCGAGCUGCACUGCUUCAUGACGUCCGGCUUCGCCAGCAUGUCCGCAGUCAUGAUGGGAUCGUACAUAGCCCUCGGCGUGGAGACUCAACAUUUGGUCACUGCAGCGGUACUGGCGGCUCCCUCGUCACUGCUCUGCUCCAAGCUGCUCUUCCCCGAGACUGAGGAGUUGCGCAUCGUCACCGUGCACAUAUAUAAGCACAGCAGCACCGACAGCAGCGUGCUGGAGGCGGGCGCCAAGGGAGCCAUGGCGUGCCUGGCCCUGGUCGGAGGCAUCAUGGCCAACAUCAUCGCCUUCAUGGCGUUCAUACACUUCCUGAACGGUGUGUGCGAGUGGACAGCCGAGGUCCUGAUGUUCGAGGGCAUCACUUUUGAGAGACUGCUGGGCCGAGCAUUCACUCCCCUGGCGCUGAGCAUGGGCGUUCCGUGGGAAGACUGCGCCGCCGUGGGUGAGGUGAUCGGCGUCAAGGUUGUGGCGAACGAGUUCAUCGCUUACCAUUCGCUGCUUGCAAAGUCGUUGGACGCCCGCUCGGUAAUGCUGGCUACGUACGCGCUGUCGGGCUUCGGUAACCUCUGCUCGGUGGGCGUAAUGCUAGGUAGCCUGGCUGCCCUGUGCCCCACAAGACUGGCCGAAGCCUCGAGCAUCGCCUUCCGUGCGCUGUGGGCUGGUUGCUCGGCAAGCAUCCUCAGCGCCUGCGUCGCCGGAAGCCUGACCGAUACCUAAUGCAAGGAAACGGAUCACUUUUCUUGGAGCUUUUUUUGGGAAAGAUUUUCUAUCGAUACAUUGUGGGAAGAAGACGAGUGAACCUGCUUUUACAUCCUGGAGCAUUAUCAUCCAAAGCGUUCUUUUUUUUCUUACUUGCGA